GCAGCAGCAGCAGCAGCAGCAGCAACAACAGCCUUAUCUCUGGGUCAACCCACCGAUGGUGGCUCCUUCAGUGCCUGCUCCACAGCCCGGUACUCAAGGUUCAUGGUGCUACCCCAGCCAGUCGCCUUUCUGGGCCGGCGCGUUAGCCAACCAGACAAACCCUCCACCGCAGUUCUACACGGCAGAGCAAGCGUACAUCGCGGAGCCCGCCUACAUUGUGGGCGCGGCGCCGCAACCACCGCCGGCCCCGAGCCCGCAAGUACAGUACUAUGUUAAUGGUUCCACGGGACCGUUUGUGUAUUACACGCAGUAAAUACAGCGGCAUCUUAUACUAUAAAUACGCUGCUGGGGGACUACUAAAUAAGAGAGAGAGAGAGAGAGAGAGAGAGAGAGAGUCGGUGACAUAACCAGGCGCAGAAAUAACCGCUACGAUGGAAAUGAAAGUGGCAUGCGAUGUUUUAUUUUAUAC